AGAGCUCUAAAGAGGCCCGAGUUGGAUGACCGAUAAAAAAAAGUUUUCCUUGUUGGAGCUUGUUUUUUUCCGAGUUCCGAGUUGUUUUGAACGGUCGGAAGUCGGAGAUUUCCGACUUCCCAGUUGUUUUGAAGACGUCAUAACAUCGAGCAUAUGAGAUAGGACUACACUUUUCGACUGAACUAACGGCUCCCAUUUUUUGUCGGAUGUCAAAUAUUGUUCACAUCCACCCAAACUUCUCGUUUAUUUAUUGGUCUGGCCACAGGGAAGUCUGGGUUCUGAAUUACAAGAAAGCAACCCCUUGCACGUCAGUUUCAAAGUAGGCCUAUCUUAUCUGUACCCCAGGGGUAUUUACCACUAAAGUUAUCGAAGUGAAAGGGUCAAGACGAGUAAAAUAUGGCAGCUGCGCCAGCUAGAAGAAAACACGGAGCGUGUCUGCUUCGAAUCAAAGAAAAUUGUCCAUUGCGGAAAUUUAGGAAAAACAGGUGUUACGAUGUUACAGCCACAUCUUCGGCUGGUGGUGGGGUGUGUUGGGGAGACUUCAGUAAGCACCCCAUUUCUGCAUCCAAAACCGGACCUAUCAACACCAUCUAUGUAGAGCCCCUCCCUCCCUCCUAUCAGUCUAUUCACCGUCCCCACCAAUCACAGGACCCCAUUGCCGUGGAUAUGGAGGUGGUCCGACCCCAAGCUCCUAUUACGGGGGUAAUGAGUCUCCCCCCAUCCUCUGUACUGGCUCCAGGGCCUCUGGUUCCCAACCUCCAGCCUGCCUACCAGCACAGACGCCUCCCCUCCGCAGCAUCCAGUGAGGCCAGCAUGGAGCUGGACAGCGGUGUCGACCCAGAGACUGGAGAGAGAGCCCAGAGAUGACAACACUACUCUUCCGCUGUUUCUAUCUGGCCUGAUCCUGGAGAUCUGGGUCAGAUAUAUUCAGUGUUUCAGAUACAAUGAGUGUCUAGAACAGGUCAAGUGGUUUGGAACCUGGCUGUACAGACUAUCCCAAUGUUGUGAAAUACUUUUCUCAUCCCCUUUACAUUGGUAGGUGAACAAGCUUUAAAAAGUAUCCAUCAGGGAAUAUGAGGGGACAUUGUUUUUAUUAGGGUGUAUUCAGGCUUCUGGUACACUGCCAUAUGCUUCUAUACAGGGCUGGGAAAGGCACAACUUGAAAUGGCAUUUAAUUGCUCCCUUUUCUCAUAUUCUGAGCCAUUGGCCAGAUGAGUCAACAAAGAAGGCUCCCUUCAUAUAGCUUUGAAUGGUCUUCUCAGGUCAGCGUAUAGAGACGAAGCCCAGGAAUCCAUGCACUUGCACGGUCUGUUGACACGUACAGUACCAGUCAAAAGUUUGGACACACCUACUAAUACAAGGGUAUUAGUAUUUUCUACAUUGUAGAAUGAUAGUGAAGACAACUAUGACAUAACACAUCGAAUCAUGUUGUACCAAAAGUGUUAACAAAUCAAAAUAUCGUCACCCUUCGCCUUGACAGCUUUGCACACUGGAAUGCUUUUCCAACAGUCUUGAAGGAGUUCCCACAUAUGCUGAGCACUUGCUGGCUGCUUUUCCUUCACUCUGCAGUCCAACUCAUCCCAAACCAUCUCAAUUGGGUUGAGGUCAGGUGAUUUUGGAGGCCAGGUCAUCUGAUGCAGCACCCCAUCACUCUCCUUCUUGGUCAAAUGGCCAUCACACAGCUGGAGGUGUGUUGGGUCAUUGUCCUGUUGAAAAACAUGAUAGUCCCAAACCAGAUGGAAUGGCGUAUCACUGCAGUAUGUGGUGAUAACCAGCAUGGCUAAGUGGGCCAUGAAUUUGAAACAAUCACUGAGUGUCACCAGAAAAGCACCCCCACACCACUUCUUCCAAGCUUCACGGUGGGAACCACAUGCAGAGAGAUCUGUUCACCUACUCUGCGUCACAAAGACACGGCGGUUGGAACCAAAAAUCUCAAAUUUGGACUCAUCUGACCAAAGAACAUAUUUCCACCUUUCUAAUGUACAUUGCUCAUGUUUCUUGGCCUAAGCCAGUCUAAUUGUCCUUUAGUGGUUUCUUUGCAGCAAUUCGACCAUAAAGGCCCGAUUCACAGUUGAUGUUCAGAUGUGUACUUGAACUCUGAAGAAUUUAUUUGGGCUGCAAUUUCUGAGGCUGGUAACUAAUGAACAUUUCCUCUGCAGAGGUAACUCUGGGUCUUCCUUUCCUGUGACAGUCCUAAUGAGAGCUAGUUUCAUCAUAGGGCUUGGUUUUUGCAACUGCACUUAAAAUGUACCAUAUUGACUGACCUUCAUGUAUUAAAGUAAUGGACUGUCAUUUCUCUUUGCUUAUUUGAGCGGUUCUUGCCAUAAUAUGGAUUUAUGACCACCCCUACCUAAUCACAACUGAUUGGCUCAAACACAUUGAAACAAAUUCCAUAAAAUGUUAAAAAUAAAACACUUAAAGCAAACCUGUUUAUUGAAAUUCAUUCUAGGGGACUACCUCAUGAGGCUGGUUGAGAGAAUGCCAAGAGUGUGCAAAGCUGUCAAGGCAAAGGGUAACGAUAUUUUGAUGUACUACAUGAGUCAAUGUGUUAUGUCAUAGUUGUCUUCACUAUUAUUCUACAAUGAAAUAAAGAAAAACCCUGGAAUGAGUAGGUGUCCAAACCUUUAACUUGACAAAAAUACAGUCAAACAGUAAACAAAAAAAAUAAGUAAACCAUGACCUAUUGCAUGGUUUUAUGACUUCCUUAAAGGCAUAUUCAACAGUCAGGGAUGGGAGUUAACACCCAGAUAAAAAUAGAACCUUUUGACAUAACCAGAAGUAAUAUUUUAUCUGUACUCUUCACUCAGUUCUUGUUUUUCAAUAUGAUGUGGUGAAUUGCAAUGUUUCUUCCCCCAUGCAUUUAACUUUAAUAAAGCUGAAGACAA